AUGGUGGUGCCGUGGGCCGCAGCCGGCCCGUGGGCGGCCUCCAUCGCGACCGCGUGGCUCUCGCGCUGUCCCGCCUGCCCAGAGGCCCGCGUGACGUGCGGGGCCUGCCCCGCGUGCCCUCCGGCGGCGGCCGCCGCCCCCUGCCCGGGCUGCCCGAGCUGCCCGGACUGCAGUCUGACCUGCGGGUCCGGGCCAGGCUGGUGGGCGGUCCUUGCCGCCCUGGGCGCUGGGCUCGCGGCUGGUGGCAGCCUCCGCGUGACGCUGGGCUGGGCCGCCCGAGUCGCCUCGCUCUUCGUCGGCGGAACCGACCCGCCGCGGCGCGAGGGCGCGGCGCCCGUGACCCUGCUCGUCGAGGACGACGGAGCGGGCCAGGACGGCGGCGCGCAGCGCCGCUUUCGGGCGAUGGCGGCGGCGGCGAUGCGGACGCUCGACGUGCCCGAGGCGCAGGUGUGCGUGAACUACGACGACGACGACAACUUCCGGUGGCACCACAGGGUGCUCCUCGAGCAGCUCAGCCCUGGCAUCUGGGUGGCGGCGACCCCCGACGGCGAGGUGCUGACGCUGGACCUCAGCAAGCACCUGGUCGUCCCCCUGCGUCGGGGGUCCGCGUUCCCGGUGCGGGUUCGUGGGCAGGUCUACGCGUUCGGCGACCAGUCGGACGAGGACAUCGAGGCGCUGCGGGUGGAGGCGCGGGGCCUCGCCCUGGUCAUGGGCGUCUCGGCCCCAGCUGGGACUGCUGGCGGCGUCGUGCCGCGCUGGAUCGUCUCGGACCCAGGCUCGCCCGAGUUCGGGCGCGAGCUGGACCUCCACCUCAUCGGGAACCCGGAGCGGCUGAUCAGCCGCGACGCGGUGGGCAUCGCGAUGCUCAGCGAGGAGGAGGGCUGGGUCUCGGUCGAGAACGUGCAGCAGGCCGACGAGGAGGACUGGCGCGCCGAGAAGCGCCGAGGCCCGGGACGCGACCCGCGGAUCCUCCCGCUGGCGCGGCGGGGUCGCGGGGCCCAGGUGACGCUCGGGGAGGCGAUCGCGAAGAUGAACGCGGUCGACUUCGACGACUGGCCCUUUCGGGGGCCGAAGGCCCUGCCCGAGCUGCUGGCCGCCAUCCUCGCCACCGGGCUGACCCUCACGUCCUACUGGGGGUACUGGGCCUCGGAGUCGGGGGUGUCGCGGAACGCCGCGGUGGCCCAGGAGGUGCGGCACGCGCUGAACCAGCUGCACCACGCCGUGACGUACGACCUCGUGGACCCGUCAAACCUGGCGUCUCUGGAGCUCCUGGGACGCCGAGUGCUGCAGAUCCAGCGGGCUGUGAAGAGGUGCCCGCGCCACCCGAGUUUCGAGGGCCUCGGCUUGAUGUUGAGCAGCUCUUUGGACGAGAGCGGAGGCGUCGUGACGUCCAAGUUCGACGCGUUCGUGGCCGAGGAGCAGAAGUCGCAGGGCAUCAUUCUGAAGCAGGAGCGGAUGUACCGGGAGGAGCAGGAGUCGGAGGCGAAGAAGUACGAGAGGCAGGGCGACGACAGGGAGAGGGGCCCCGGGGCGGAUCCGAAGGGCAAGGCGAAGCCGAAGCCCAAGGCCGCCGCGAAAGAUCAGGGUUGA